AUGGAAGACGAGACGGAGAACGAGAACGACCUGGUAGGGCUUGUAUUAUCAGAACUUGAAUUGUCCAGGGAAUAUAUUAAGGGCAAAUUUAAAGGUACAGGAAAGGGGGGCAAGGGUGAAGCAGGAGGAAGCGACCAAAUAGGGGGAGAACCCACGGAGGUUUACACAAACUACGACAAGAUAUUAACAUGCAUUGAAGACAAAAUUGCGUUUUAUAAAAAUUUGAGUGAGGUGGAAAACGCAAAAAGGGGACACGCUGAAAAGGGGGAAACCCCCCCAACUGAGCAGCGCUACCAAAGGACAGCCAAAAGAAGGGACAACUUUUUCGAAGAAUACGAAAAAAACAAAUCCAGUCUGCAAAAAAUGAAAAAGAAAACCAUUGUAGGGUACACCGCGGAAGGAAAUGCUAUAAUUAUAAACAAUGACAAAUUUUGCAAAAUGUUCGUUAAUUAUAAUUUGGCUAGUGAUCGGAAGAAUGGGGUAGGAGCUGCUCGAUCGAAUGGGACCCUCCAUGGAGGGGACGACUUAAGCGAACUGUCCUGUUCAAGCUCGAGCGUCGUUUCGUUAGACAGUUUUGUAAAAAGGGAGAAAACUAAACGGGUGAGAAGCAACAGGGAAGCGUAUGUAAGGCAUAAAUAUCAUGAUCAUGCAUUUGUUAACCACAAAUUGUAUCCAUGCAGUGACUGUUCGUCCAGUUCGUUCAGCUGGUACAGCGACGACUACGACGAUCUGUUCUACUACUCCAAUUUGUUGAAGGAGGACAAACGUAUGAGAAGGAGUUGCGUGGGGGAAGCACCACGGGAGGAAAAUAGUAAUAAUAAUAAUAAGAAGAAGAAUACUCAACAGUGUAAACAAAAGAAGCACAGAGAAAAACAUAUCAAGCAGCUCGAACAUGAUGCCGCAGAUGAAUCCCCCUUUUACAACUACAUCUACUUCAAGUUUGCUGAAAAGGACAAAAGGAAAGCCUACCCCGUUUUUGUAAACACCAUAAAUGGAAAAAAAAAAAUGUAUAAUUUGAAGAAAAUUUGCAGACAUACACAUAAAAAGAAUUAUAACCCUCUUGAUGAAAAUAAGUAUGAAUUAGAUGACACACUAUUCUGUUACAAAAAAUGUAAGUUACUUUCAUCCGUUAAGAAUGAAACGAAAAGGAAAGGAAAUCAGCCCCUGCAAAUGCACAGCGACAACGUGUUGAGGAGAAAGCACUUCGUUUCGGAUGACAUAAACUACACAAUAGACAAAAUUAUACACCAGCUGGGGAAAAUCUCUAGCCCCGAAAAAGAAGACAAAGGAAAGUUCAACCAUUCUGACCACUUCAAAAACAUUCUUAACAAAAAUAAGGAAUUUCUAAAACGGGAAAAAAAUUUUACCUUCCAAAAGUUAUGCGAAACGGAGAAGAUAAGGCUAAAAGUAAAGAUCAUCGGAACUGAUGGGAAAGUAAUCAAAAACAAAAGUCUGGACAACGUUCUAAUAAACAAGAACAAAACCUUCGGCGAUUUGGCCACCCACCUGGGCCACUCGUUCAAGCUACCCAAGGACAAAAUAGAAAACAUCAAAAUGUAUUUCGACGGGGAUUUAUGUGAUAAGGGCCUUACAUUUGACAAUGAGGAACUGGGACUGGAAGAUGAUUUCCAAAUAGACGUGAAGUUCCCCCUAUCCGAAGAUAACGUUAAUAAGGAAGACGACGCAAACCUCAGUGAUGACAACUACGUGCUCUACCUACCUGACUCGUACGUCAUUGAUUAG